GACCGCGGGCGACUGUCCUAUACCCCUGACCGUGGUGGGACGGGGCCAGGAGGCGGCGCUGGCUGGCCGUGCGACGGGCUCCUGGGAGGCGUCGCUCCGUGCCUGUGCCGCGGGCCGCCGCCAGUCGCCGACAGAUCGUCACGCUGCCGCCAGUGGCCGCCGGGUACCGCCGCCAGUCGCCGACAGAUCGUCGCGCCGCCGCCAGUGGCCGCCGGGUACCGCCGCCGGGUACCGUCGCCGACAGACCGUCCGUCCGACCUGACCGGUGUACCGGGCGCGGCGAGCGGUGGCCGCGCGGCACGGCACACAGCGAGGAGGCGGUGCAGCGGCCGGUGUGACCCGUCCACCGACCGACGGACACGGCUCGGUCCAGUCCAGCGGUGACGAACGGGGCUGAAGCAGCACACGGUGACUCGGAGCUGAACAGUCGGUGAACCGAGGACGGCGGAACUGCCAGUGACGGAAGGACGGGCCACUGUACCCGGCCGGAGCGGGAGGGAGCCAGGAGCGGAGCAGCUGGAGCGGGCGGGAGCCGGGAGCGGAGCAGCCGGAGCGGGCGGGAGCCGGGAGCGGUCAGCGGAGGAGCCGGAGCGGGAGGGAGCCUGGAGCGGAGGAGCCGGAGCCUGUGAGAACGAGCUGAACGGACUGGAGACCGGGCUCAGGGCGCCACCGGGCCACCUAACUAGACCGGAGACAUGAUCACCAUGGCAGACGUGAACCAGAUGGACUUCGAGCAGUUCAUCGAGAGGUUCGGUAACGUGGUGGAGCACUGCCCGCUGGCGGCCGGCGCCAUCUGGGCCAGCCGGCCCUUCUCUGACGUCAACGACAUCCACGAGUGCGUCAGCACCUUCCUCGACUCGCUGCCCUACCACGGUCGUCAGGCGGUGCUGCGGGUGCACCCCGACCUGGCCGGCCGGGUGGCUCAGCAGGGCACGCUGACGUCAGAAUCAGCCGGGGAGCAGCGCAGUGCCGGGCUGACUGAGCUGACCGAGGAGGAGCGACAACAGCUCACCGACCAGAACCACAGGUACAAGGCCAAGUUCGGCUUUCCGUUCGUGGUGUGCGCGCGCCAGAACAAGAAGGCGGCCAUCCUGAGCGGGCUCGAGGAGCGGCUGCGGAACGACGAAGACGAGGAGCUGCGCACCGGCCUGGAGGAGGUCAAAAAGAUCACCUACCUCCGGCUGCUGGACAUCGUCGGCCCGGCGGAGGGCCGGCCUGAGACGGCAGAGCGGGAGGACUGAGCAGAGCCGGCAGCUGCAGCCCGACCCGCGCCGAGACCCGGCUGUAGCCGCCAGAACCGACAGGGACCGACACAGAGGAGGGACCACGGAGUUCGAGGGCGUCACCCAGACAGCGAAUUACCCGACGGGUCCAGUCUACUCGCUCACUCGGCUCCUCUGCCGCGCAGCCUCAGUCCCCCGUCAGCCGCCUGCCUCCCUCUGCGAGCCACUCGUCUUACUCUACAUACAGUGCAUCCGCUCCCCGCCGCUUCUCAGUAACAUUAGCGCUGUCCUCAUCUGUGACAUUUGCUCCGGAGGAAACACAGGGUUGAGGGUUUCUCAAGGAAGAAGGCGACUGUUUCCCGGCCGUUCCCCGGCAACCUCUCCCGUUCCCCGUUGCUCAGUAAAACCACCGUUCUCGCACUUCUUCAUUAAACCCCUCUUCUUACUGUCGUUCCUCAGAAGAAAAAAAAACUAAUCUCCCUACCGUUCAUCAAUAGCUUCUCCUGUUCCCCGGCCUCCCUCCCUGCCUCUCCCGUUUCCCCGGCCGCCCCGCCGCACCAACCACCCCAGGCCUGACCGUGGCGGCUGGCCCGGCCGGUAUUGUAUCUGGUCUCAGUCGGCGACGAGUGGCCGCAGCUCUAUGAGGGCAGGAUGUCACGGGACCGGCCAGUAAACACUCAGUCCCCCAGUGGCCGUCAGGAGGCGGGGGCGGUGCUCUGCAUACUGCCUCCACUCGGCGACAGAUAACCCGGGCAGCGGAGCCCAACUAAAACCCGAAAAUACAUGGUGUUUGGACAAUGC